UGGAUGUGGGUGGUGAUGCUCUCUGCCCUGCUGGUGGGCAAUGCCAGUGCCUGCCCAGCCCUGUGUACCUGCAGUGGCACCACAGUAGACUGCCAUGGACUGGGUCUCAAAACCAUGCCAAGGAAUAUACCCCGCAACACUGAAAGACUGGAGCUGAAUGGAAAUAAUCUCACACGCAUCACCAAGAGUGACUUUGCUGGACUCAAGUACCUCCGAGUUCUGCAGCUGAUGGAGAAUCAGAUUACUGUGAUCGAGCGUGGGGCUUUUGAUGACAUGAAAGAACUCGAGAGACUGCGGCUGAACCGUAAUCAACUGCAGCAGCUUCCUGAGUUGCUGUUUCAGAAGAACCCUGCCCUGUCUCGACUAGAUCUGAGCGAGAACUUCAUCCAGUCUAUCCCCAGAAAAGCUUUCAGAGGAGCUACAGACAUCAAGAACCUUCAGCUGGAUAAAAACCACAUCAGCUGCAUCGAGGAUGGCGCCUUCAGAGCGCUGAGAGGCUUGGAAGUGUUAACGCUGAACAACAACAACAUCAGCAGCAUCCCUGUUUCCAGCUUCAACCACAUGCCCAAACUACGAACCUUCCGUCUCCACUCAAACAAUCUCAACUGUGACUGUCACCUGGCGUGGUUGGCCCAGUGGCUCAGGCAGAGGCCUACAAUUGGCCUAUUCACCCAGUGUACUGCCCCAUCUGAGCUCAAAGGUCUCAAUGUGGCAGAGGUACAGAAACACGAAUUCAGCUGCUCAGGUCAGCAGGAGUCGUCUGGCCUGCAGCCUUGCAGCACAGGUGGAGGCUCCUGCCCAGCCAUGUGUACCUGCAGUAACAACAUCGUGGACUGUCGAGGGAAAGGUCUAACUGCCAUCCCAGCCAACCUGCCGGAUAGCAUGGCCGAGAUACGUCUGGAGCAGAAUGGGAUUAAGUCUGUUCCUCCCGGAGCCUUCUCUCCCUACAAGAAACUGCGUAGGAUAGACCUGAGCAACAACCAGAUUUCAGAGAUAGCUCCCGAUGCCUUCCAGGGUCUGCGCUCCCUCAACUCUCUCGUGCUGUAUGGAAAUAAGAUCACCGACCUGCCCAAGGGUGUUUUUGAUGGCCUUUACGCCCUGCAACUGCUGUUGCUGAAUGCCAAUAAGAUUCACUGCGUUCGUGCCAAUGCCUUCCAGGACCUGCAGAAUCUCUCGCUGCUUUCGCUCUAUGACAACAAGAUCCAAACCCUUGCCAAGGGCACCUUCACUUCUCUCCGAGCUAUACAGACCCUUCACCUGGCCCAGAACCCAUUUAUUUGUGACUGUAAUUUGAAGUGGCUGGCUGACUACCUGCGCUCCAACCCGAUUGAGACCAGUGGUGCCCGCUGCGCCAGCCCGCGCCGACUGGCAAACAAACGCAUUGGACAGAUUAAGAGCAAGAAAUUCCGCUGCUCCGCCAAAGAGCAGUACUUCAUCCCAGGUACAGAGGACACCCGUCUGAAUAAUGCCUGUAACAGUGAUCCAGUGUGUCCUCCCAAGUGCCGCUGUGAGUCCAAUGUAGUGGACUGCUCCAACCUGAAGCUCACCAAGAUCCCUGAGCACAUCCCAGCAUCCACAUCUGAGCUCCGCCUCAACAACAAUGAGAUCACCAAUCUGGAGGCAACUGGAGUUUUUAAGAACCUUUCCCAGCUAAAGAAAAUUAACCUCAGCAACAACAAGAUCACAGAGAUUGAGGAUGGAGCAUUUGAAGGCGCAUCAUCGGUGAAUGAGCUGCACCUCACAGCCAAUCAGAUUGACUCGGUCCGAAGCGGCAUGUUCCGUGGCCUUGAGGGAUUACGCAUGCUGAUGCUGAGGAACAACAAGAUCAGCUGUGUCCACAACGACAGUUUCACAGGGCUGCACAACGUCCGUCUGCUGUCUCUGUACGACAACCAGCUGACCACCAUCACUCCUGGAGCCUUUGACACUCUGCAGACCCUCUCCACACUUAACCUCCUGGCCAACUCCUUCAACUGUGACUGCCGGCUGUCCUGGCUCGGUGAUUGGCUGAGGAGUAAGAAGAUUGUCACAGGUAACCCUCGCUGCCAGCGUCCCGCUUUCCUGAAAGAGAUCCCUCUGCAAGACGUGGCUCUGCCUGAUUUCCGCUGUGAGGAAGGCCAAGAGGAGUCAAGCUGUGUGCCCAGACCCCAGUGUCCCAGUGAAUGUACUUGCUUGGAGACUGUGGUGCGCUGCAGUAACAAGCACCUCCACACACUGCCCAAAGGCAUACCCAGAAAUGUGACUGAACUGUAUCUGGAUGGAAACCAGUUCAGCAUUGUGCCAAAGGAACUGUCUGCCUUCAAGUAUCUACAGCUGGUAGACCUGAGCAACAAUAAGAUCAACUCUCUGACCAACUCAUCAUUCGCUAACAUGAGCCAGCUCACCACUCUAAUCCUGAGCUACAACUCCCUGCGUUGUAUCCCCAAAAUGGCCUUCAGUGGACUGCAUUCUCUACGGCUGCUGUCUCUCCAUGGCAACGAAAUCUCUGAGCUUCCCGACGGCAUCUUCAGCGAUGUGGCCUCACUUUCCCACUUAGCAAUUGGUGCAAACCCGCUUUACUGUGACUGUCGCUUGCGGUGGUUGUCUGACUGGGUGAAGACUGGAUACAAAGAGCCUGGUAUCGCCCGCUGUGCUGGUCCGCAGGGUAUGGACGGCAAACUGCUGCUCACCACACCAGCAAAGAAGUUUGAAUGCACAGGUGACGUGGACACUGCCGUGCUGGCCAAAUGUAACCCCUGUCUGUCCAGUCCCUGUCUUAACCAAGGCAUCUGUCACAGCGACCUGGUGGAGAUCUACAGGUGCAGCUGUCCUCCAGGAUUCAAGGGCAAGAACUGUGAGACAGCUCUGAAUGCCUGUGUGAGUAACCCAUGUGCCAAUGGAGGAACCUGCCAAGUGAAUGAGCAUGAGGAGGGACAAUACAGUUGUACAUGUCCACUGGGCUUUGAGGGCCCGACUUGCCAAAUCAACAUUGAUGACUGCGAAGACAACAACUGUGAGAACGGAGCAACCUGCAUCGAUGGAGUCAACAACUACACUUGCUUUUGUCCCUCCUACUACACAGGGGAGAUGUGUGAGGAAAUGGAAGAUGUGUGUGCCCCAGGACGGAGCCCCUGCCAACAUCAGUCUACCUGCCUCAUCACCUCCUCAGGGCCCAAGUGUGUGUGCUCUCCUGGUUAUGUUGGCGAUGACUGUAGUAUAGAUUACAAUGACUGUGAGGAGCAUCGCUGUCAGAACGGAGCUCAGUGUGUGGAUGAGCUGAAUGGAUACUCCUGUGUCUGUACUGAGGGAUACAGUGGUCAGUUGUGUGAGGUUCCUCCAUCCCCACUGUCUUUGUGCGAGCUGGCCGACUGCCAGAACAACGCCCCCUGUGUGGAGCGAGGUGGUCGCGCCCUCUGCCAGUGUCCUCCAGAGUUCGGCGGGCCACGCUGUGAGAAGCUGGUUAGCGUCAACUUCAUAGAUAGAGACUCCUACUUACUGCUCUCUGACCUGAAGAACUGGCCCCAAGCUAACAUCACCCUCCAGGUAUCCACAGAUGAGGAUAAUGGUAUCCUGCUGUACAAUGGAGACAAUGAUCAUAUUGCAGUGGAGCUCUACCAAGGUCACGUCAAGGUCAGCUAUGACCCUGGCAGCCAGCCUGGACAUGCCAUCUAUAGUACUGAGACUAUCAACGAUGGCCAGUUCCACACAGUGGAGCUUGUGACCUUUGACAAGAUGGUGAACCUGUCCAUUGAUGGAGGUCUCCCCACCACAAUGGACAGCUUUGGGGCGGUGCGGCCCCUCAACGGGGAGGCUCCACUAUACGUGGGGGGUAUGCCAGUAGACGUACACUCUGGCGCUUUCCGUCUCUGGCAGAUCCAGAAUGGUUCCAGUUUCCAUGGCUGUAUCCAGAACCUGUACAUUAACAACGAGCUCCAGGACUUUACCAAGACCCAGAUGAAGCCUGGCGUGGUACCGGGCUGUGAGCCCUGCAAGAAGAUCUACUGUGUACAUGGCAUCUGCCAACCUGAUGGGGUCCAGGGACCAGUGUGCCACUGCCAGCCAGGCUGGAGUGGGCCGCACUGUGACCAACCUGCUACUAACCCCUGCCAGGGAAGCAAAUGCGUCCAUGGAAAGUGCAUCCCACUGGACAGUCAGUCAUACCGCUGCGAGUGUGUGGAGGGUUACCGCGGUGCCCUGUGUAACCAACAAGGGGAGCUUUUCAACCCCUGCCGCCGGCUGGCCUGCAAACAUGGACGCUGCCAAAUCUCAGACACAGGAGAUGCCUACUGUCACUGUGAAAGUGGCUACACUGGGGAACUUUGUGACGCAGAGUCUGAGUGCCGAGGGGAGCCUGUGCGAGACUUCUACCAGGUGCAGCGAGGCUAUGCAAUCUGCCAGACAACACGUAUGGUCUCCUGGGUGGAUUGCACCGGAGCCUGUGACACGGGGUCCUGCUGUGCCAGCCAGCGGAUGAAACGCCGGAAAUACACCUUUGAAUGCAGCGAUGGAACCUCCUUCAGCGAGGAAGUGGAAAAGACCAUCAAGUGUGGCUGCGUGGGCUGCAUGUAG